UACGAACUAGUUUCAAAACGGCCGGUCCGCGGUCCGGUGGUGCAGGUGCAAGUCAGCCAACUGAUCCGGUGCUCGACCGAGACGACGGCACGGCGCGAAAAACGUGCUCGCCAACACUUUUUCAAAAAACAUCACAAACGGAAUUCGAAGAAAUUUAUUUUUAUUUGCCAAUAAUAAAAUUAGUUUUUCUCUAUGGUGCUGCAUAUUUUGUUUGAGUAAUAUUUUCCCAGUGUACUUAUUACGGAUCAUGAACCCCGGCCGACUUUUCUCGGUGGACUUUUAAAUGUUUCUAAAGGAUCAUGAUCUUGGUAUAAACUCCGCAGCCAUGCUGGACGUGAGCCGAUCCGAUUCGCAGAGGUCCGACUCGUCGACCAGACCUCGGGUGUCGUUUAACCGGGAUGUGCGCAUCAAAAAAAUCGGCAAUUCGGACGCGGCGAGCAUCGUGGAAGCGUUGGCCGGAGAUGGUGAGGGCCAUUUGGUGCCCACGCCGGUUCGCCGGGAGAAGAUCAAGGCAUCCAAGCGAGAACUGGCGUUGGAGGCUGACCGAGUACUCAAGCAAGCGGACAGCGUAGCCUCGCUGCACUCGGCUGAGCCGCCGAGGAGACAGCAGAGACACAAACCGGAUGGGCUGCAGCGGAAAUCCAGCUUUGGAGGGACGGAUUCGAAAAAAUGGAAUUCUGAAGGUAAACUGGCAUCGUAUAGUUCUCUAGACAGGCCCAAGAACAGGAUUAAAAAACGGGAACACACGUGGGAAGAUAACAACGACUCGUCAUCAACGGCCGACAUGACGUGGCCGAGAAAAUCGUCGGGCAGCAAAUUGAAGAGGAGUGUGAGCGAUGUGAGUGACCGUACUAAACCGUUGAUCAACGGUCAGGGCAAGGAUCAGGACAAACGAUCAAUAUCGCUGUUCGGUACUAUCGAGCGGAUCAAGAAGAAGCUCAACAACAACAACAACAACGUCAAUAACAAAACUAGCUCGACGAGUAGCUAUACGCCGGACAGGACCCCAAGAAUGACGGAACCUCCGCCACCGCCGCCGCCAAUUCGCGGCAAAAAGCAGCUGUCGCCUAUCAUCGAGUCGUCGCCCAGGGACGAGUAUUUCAAAUACUCCAACGAUCCAUUCGACGGCAUGCCGUCACCGUCCCGUCCUGUUCGUCGCGGCCAGAAGGUCGACCGGAUUGUCCGGCAGCUAUCCGGUGAGCCUCCGCGGCCGCCGCCAAAGCUGAAUCGGCCAGACGCCGUCGCCCACGUGCAGCACAACGGCAACGAGCCGUUUUCGUACACGGCUACGGCGGCGGCGGCGUCGCCCACCAUCGUCCACCUACCGGAUGCGACGCAGGACGACGGUCAUCAGUACCGCACGGCCAACACCAUGGACGACACGUGGCUAUCGUAUGAAGAUCUGAGCCACCGGAGGGACGCUCUCGAGUCCAGACUCCAGAAACGGGCGGCGUCUACGUCGACCAUCCGGCCAACGGUGGUACCCGCCACGCCGGACACGUACGCUACGUUGUACAAAAAGAACGAGACGCUCGGCGGCGGCGACCGGUACUUUGAGCGCAAGAUCGUCACCGAGCACCGGUUCGCCCGGCGUACACCCAGACUGUCCGGUGAGGAUGGCGACACGGUAGACAGGCCGUCCCGGACGGCGGUCGGCGGCAGACCUACGGUGGUGUCCCGAAACAACGUAUCCGUCGUCAACGGUCCGUCCUCACUCGGCGGCGACGGGGGCCACCGGUCGACUGGAAAACCCGCCAAGAAACGGUCCCGAUUGGACAAGUUUAAGAUGCUCUUCACUGGGUCGUCAAAGGAAAACAAACGACCGCCGUCGUCCAAGGUGUCCAACUCGGAUCCAGAGUCAUACACCUCAUCGACCGUUCGCAAACGUUACAACGUAUACACGGGAGACAACGGUCAGAGGAAGCAUUCGCCAAAUAAACACUCAGAGAAGUCUGCGAACAACCCGUGGUUCAAGUCUUUGGACAGGUUCGGCAAGAAAAACAACAAGAGGUCAAAGACGUUCACGUCUGGCAGCGAAAACGACGACGAGGUCAGAGUUCACCGAAUAAACGAUAGAAACAACACAACGAGGUCGACAGCCAGGUCCUAUCACAGCGUGGGUAAUCUCAAUUCACUGGACAUGGACCAUUCGCCUCCCAGGAGGAUGACUGAGAAAAGGCAUUCGCUUAUAGACAGCUCAGCCGGCAGCACUACCGAAGGAGAUAGUAGUCAAAAAUCGCAUAAGUCCACCGUGUAUCUCCACGCGACAACAGUUGGAGAAAUUCCGGAAUCCAGGCAACUCCAUCAAUCCGUAUUCGGCACGAAGAGCAAGCGGGCGGCCAGUCGGGAAGAACUAUCUUCGAAAAACGACGCGUUCGGAGGCACUCAAAAACGCACACUUUCGCGUUCGGUCUCUGUAUUGGCGCCGUGGACGCCAAGACACCACGAGGGUCAGCACAUCGACUACGACGAGUACGGCAGACCACCCAGGGCGCCCAAGAAGUACGUUAAAGUCACCAAGAGCGACCCCGAAGAAGUGGCGAGACCGACCAGGCAGAGUCGACCGUCCAAGAGUUCUGGCGAGGAGUCAUCGUUGAUGGACGAGGUGAUCAUAAGGACCACUAGCCGAAGCGGAGAGCUAGUCAAGGACGGUCGAUCGGGCCGAGGUCUGGGCCGGUCCACUUCUUCGGCCAACAAGUAUACACCAAACUCAUACCGGUCUAAGACGAAGUCGUAAUUUUCCGAACAUAAGAUAAAUAUAUUUAAUUAUUAAUAUAAAUAUGGAAAAGAGACGAUGCGAUGGCUUCUCCAAAAAUGUUUGUUCAACUGUUGAUAAUAAUUAACACUGAUGAAAGCAGUCGGGAGCACUAUAAAUUAUGGGUAUACGUAACCAUCAAUUGGGCUGUCGAUGGUUACAUAUACCAAUAAUUUAUCGAAAAACCGCAUUAAUUAUACAGUAUUUAAUAUAUAGUAAUAAAAUAAUAAUAUUUAGAGUCAAUGCUGAUAGGUGGUACUGGAGUGCGAUAGACGUCGUCCCGACAUAUACAACAAUUAUUAAUCUCUAUUUGAUAGAUUUUUAACUUAAUUUUUAUCAAACAGGGGUUUUUUUUUUCUAAUUUGAUUGUUGAUUUGAUGACUGUUCACAAACAAACAAAUAUUGUGUUAAGUGUGAACACUUGGUUGUUGGAUUCAACUCAAUCCAAACAGAGUAACCAACCGAUAUUGUUACCAUGAUGUUAAAAAUCAGUGUAAUACAUUAAUUUUAAGAUUCACAGGACUCUUAUUGUGCAAUUGCCAUUUCGUGUUUUUCUUAAUUAUAAUGUUUCCCGUACAACUGGCUUUUUGUUCUUCCUAGUCAAAUAACCUUUAAACAAAAAUAAUAAUUAUUACAGACAUGAUACAAUAUUAAUAAGUGAUUUUUAUUGUUAUUUUUUAAAUACUUUUUAUUAAUGUAUAUAUAAUAUAUAUAUAUAUGUUUUUACUUUUUAAUAAUCAUAGAUAUGUUGUAAAUAAUAAAUACCAAUUAUA